AUGGCCGCGCUCGCCCCUCGCUGCGCGUGCGGGGCGACCUUCAGUGGGGCAGCGGCACACAGCGCUCCUCCCCGCCUAGCGCGCCUCACGGCUCCCCUCAGCGGAUCUCGCGCCGGCAGGCUCGCUGCCCCGUCCCACGACGUCGCACGCCGGAAAUCGCGGCCGUGCCGCGGCGGGCGGCAGCCAUGCCGCGCGCUCGACACGCCGAACCAGUCCUCGGCUGUGGAGGUCGGCAGCGCGCCGUGGGUGACCCUCCCCUGCGACGACCCGCUCGCGGACGAGCUCGUUCUUGUGGAGCAGCAGCGCGCGGACGGCCGCAGGGCGCGCGUGGUGUACCGCAACGGCGCUGAAGUCGACGCCUACGACCUCGAAAACCUCUGCCGCAAGGUCGGGUGGCCGUCGCGGCCGAUCGGCAAGGUCGAGGCGGCCCUGCGGAACUCCUUCCUCGUCGCGUCGCUGCACCUCGAGGUCCUGGAGUCCCCCGAAAACGGGGGGGGUCUCGCCGCGGAGCCCCGCCUGGUCGGGCUGGCGCGAGCGACGAGCGACCACGCGUUCAACGCGACCAUCUGGGACGUGCUGGUGGACCCGGAGGUGCAGGGGCAGGGCCUCGGGCGCGCGAUGCUCGAACACAUGGUUCGAACUUUGUUGCGGCGAGAGAUUGGCAACAUCACGCUCUUCGCCGACGCGGACGUCGUGGGCUUCUACCAGGAGCUGGGCUUCGAGGCGGACCCCGAGGGCAUCAAGGGGAUGUUCUGGCUCGCCGGGAUGUAG